ACAUGAAACCUCAACCAUACUAUAGAGAGAGAUGAAGCUAAAACUUUUAAUUAAAAUCACACAAAUCCAAAUUGAAACAACAAAUCAAAACUUUAUUAGUUUAUUAUAUUCCAAUAAUUUUGAGUAAAUAAUCACUGAAAUUAAUAUAAUUGUAUGCACCCAAGAAAUUCCUUGCAUGGGAUCAAUCACCAAAAGCCCAUAUAAAAAUACCCUUUCAAAACCUUCAAUGCCACAUCUCUCCUCUCUUCCGUAUCAUCUCUCUCAAAAUGCCUUUAUUUUUUCCCCUCUCACUCUUCCUCCUCCUCUUCACUUCCACCCUCCCGCUGCCAACCAGGGCCUCCCCCACCGGCCAGACGUCCUUUGUCUAUGGCGGCUGUUCUCAAUCCAAAUACACUCCCGGUUCAACCAUCGAGUCGAAUCUCAACUCCCUUCUCACCUCUCUCCUCAACUCGGCCUCUUUCACACUCUACACAAACUUCACCGUCGCAGGCGCUAGCGAUGGUGACACCGUGUACGGUCUGUACCAAUGCCGUGGCGACCUCGAGAACACAGCAUGUGCAAAAUGUGUGACGCACGCAGUGGCUCAAUUGGGGUCGCUGUGCCUAGACGCGUGCGGUGGCGCGUUGCAGUUGGAGGGGUGUUUUGUGAAGUACGACAAUGUGAGCUUUUUGGGUGUGGAGGACAAGACGGUGGUGGUGAAGAAGUGUGGGGCUGUGAUGGGGUAUGAUUCCGGUGGGUUGGCUAGAAGGGAUGCUGUGUUGGCGUAUUUGGCCGCGGCGGAUGGCAAUGGUGGGUAUCGGCCGUUUAGAGUGGGUGGUUCUGGGGAUGUUCAAGGGGUGGCACAAUGCGUUGGGGAUUUGGAUGGUAUGGAGUGUCAAGAUUGUGUUGCCGCGGCGGUCGGGAGACUUAGGACGGAUUGUGCAUCGGCAGGUUGGGGCGAUGUGUUCUUGGGGAAAUGCUAUGCUCGGUUCUCCCAUGGUAGUGUUCGAUCUCAUGACGGUGGUGGUGGCAGUGCAAAUGAUGGUAGAAACGACGACGUAGAGAUUGAGAAGACAUUGGCAGUAAUAAUUGGACUCAUUGCUGGAAUUGCAUUCAUAGUUGUUUUCCUCGCUUUCCUAAGCCAUUAUUGUGACAAACGAAAAGGUGGCAAAUGACAUGGAUUUUUCGAUGGAUGAUUCUAGAAUCAAAUUCCCUCCAACUAUCUUCAUUUGAAUUUGGACACGGCUAAUUUGGUGGUGGGUUCUUCUCUUUAUAGUAAAAGAAAAAAAGAAAAAAAGAAAAAACAAAAUCCUUUAUAGCUUCUCAUAUUGUUAUUCUCGCAUUAAAAGAAAACCACAAAGUUUGAGAAUAUAUAUAAAAAGAAGUGAUGUGCAAUGGUAUAAAGAAAAAAAGGUUGGUUCACUGAAAGAAGCUACAACAACAAAGACAAAAGAAAAAGAGGCUCAAAAGAUUCGACAUGUCGGACCCACUCAACUUCAAGUUUUAUCUUCACAUCUAUUAAUUACAUCUUGCUUUCUUUUUUCUUCUUUUUCUUUUUUUUUUUUCUUUAAUGGGAGAAAAAAGAAAAAGAAAAAGAAAAGAUGUAGUAUGGGGAUGUGUGUUCUUUGGUGGUAUGAUGAAAGUCUCUCUUGUCUCUACUUUAUGUUAAUAUUGAUAAUUAAUUAAACAUAUAUUUCAUUUCA